AUGAACACCACCACAGUCAGCACCGCCGACGACGACCUUACCACCGCCGCCGACGACCUCACUACCACGGCCAACGACGAACUCACCACUAUCAUCACCAGCGACGAUGGAUUUCAGAUUUGGAACCAUCCUUACCUCUUCUCCAUUGCAUCUCCGAUGUAUCGUCGACAUCUCCUUCCACCGGUGAACUAUCGUCUUCAGAUCUCUACAACUUCGGAAAACGAUGAGGAUCUACCAAAACCGCCUCCCUCUAGAUAUGCUUUUUCUCUAAUUCCUCCAGAUCUGCUUUGUUUCCGACCACCUCCAACUAUCUUGUUCAUCUUUGAUCACCAAGGUCCUUCAAAUGUCGCAACGUAUGCUCAGAUCAAUGCAUUUCCCAUUGUCUUCAUCGAUGUUCAUGAUCUCUACCUCUCUUGA